GGCGUUUUUAGAUUUUAGAACAUGACAAUUCAAAGUAUCGUGACUUGUAUUAAAAAUGGCUCUUUCUGAUAAUAACGCUUGGUCUGCUCCUGCACCUUUUUGGCAAAAUGGUCCUUCACCAGGCUGUUUUUAUAAUUUUCCUGGGAACAUCAAUCAAUCUGUCGAUCAAGGAAUACGUCAAAGAUCACAAGCACCUAUGACAACCGGUACAUCAAUUGUUGGUGUACAAUUUAAAGAUGGAGUUAUGAUUGCUGCUGAUACCCUAGCAUCAUAUGGUUCAUUGGCUAGAUAUAGAAAUUGUGAGCGUAUCAUGAAAGUCAACAAUAAUAUUCUUCUUGGUGCCAGUGGUGAUUAUGGCGAUUAUCAGUGCAUUAAAAGUAACGUAGAAAAGAAAAUUCUAGAAGAACAAUGCUUAGAUGAUGGAUUUACUCUAAAACCAAAAGCACUUUAUUGUUGGUUAACUCGUGUGAUGUAUAACAGACGAUCAAGCUUCGAUCCAUUUUGGAAUAAUUUUGUAAUCGCAGGCUUAGAUGAUGGCAAACCAUUCUUAGGAACAGUAGAUAAGCUUGGAACAGCUUAUAUUGACCCAGUGAUUUCAACUGGUUAUGGUGCCUAUAUAGCAACGCCAUUGUUGCGAAAAGCAUAUGAAGAAAAUAGUGAAAUGACUAAGGAAGAAGCGAAAGAACUUCUUUACAAAGCAAUGCAAGUUCUUUUUUACAGAGACGCUCGUUCUUUCCCUAAGUAUCACCUUGGUAUAAUCACUAAAGAUGAAGGUGUAGAAAUUCAAGGUCCAAUAACAUUAGACAGUAACUGGGAAGCUGCUAUUCUAACUAAAUAAACCUGUCCAACCAUCCUCUAAAAUUUCAAUCUCCUGUCCACCUUGAGUAAGAAUCGGCUCUACAGUAAAUGUCAUACCUGGAUGCAUUCUUUCGGCAGAUUCGUGUGCUAAAUGCAAUAAAAAAAUAUGUCAUUCCAAUUUCUAUGUA